AAAAGGUGAAUAUAUAUUAUAUAUCAUACAAAAAUUGACUAUAUCAAACGUAAAUUAAAUAUAUCCAAUGAAAAUUGACUAUAUCAUACAUUUUCGGUGCAAAAUAAAUUAUUUAAACCUAAUCCACUUAAAAGUUUAUUUUUAUUUUUGAAAAAAUAUUUAUUUAUAAAAUGUCGCCUUAUAAAAUAGUUACAGAUAAAUUAUCCUAAACAAAUAACUAAUAAAAUUAAGACAUAAGCAUAAAAAUAACAAAAUUUAAGACUUUCUAUUGACAUAAUCAUAUACCCCUCAAAAAAAAAAAAAAAAAAUCAUAUAACGAUCGGCUUAAUCCCCUAUAAGGCUAGGGUUUUAAGGAAAACACAUAAGAAGUUUAAAACCCUAACUGUCGAAAUUCCAAUCCAUAGAGUUUGCGGCGACUACAAAAAGAAAUUCCAUCUCAUUCUACAGUGUUACAGAUUACCGAUCACAGAUUUCAUCCUACAAUUUCCUUUUCUAUCUGGGAAGUUUUUUUCAGCAUCAAUUCAAGUUACUUUUCGAGGAUAGAGAUUGAAGCAAUUUUUCGAUGAUUUCAAGAAAUUGAAGGGUUUAGAAGGGACUGAUUUUAGGGGUGUAAUAUGAAAACAGUGUCAGGGGAAGUAGUAUCUUGUAAAACCGUUUCUCUUUCGAAAGCCUCGAGAAUCCUAUCGAAGUUUGCGUGUCUAGACAAUGGAGCAGCCCCUGCGUUUGCUCUAUACGUGAGGCGUGCUUCGGCUGCCUUUGAUGAACUUGCACAGCUGCAUAAAGAGCUUAAGAUUUCAGGAGGUGAACGUAAAGCUAAGAAGCGACACUCCGAUGGUAUUGUCGCCCAUGGAACGGUUGAGUCUGGUGUAGCUGGUAGUGAAGAUGGUUUACUAGGUAAGGAGAUAGGCACUAGCAAGAGUAAGGAGCAUCGAGGGGUGAGUAAGAGUAAAGGAGAAGCUGGAAGAGUUGAGGCUAGUUUAGAUAAUGAUGAGGGGACACAGAAGCAUAAGAGCAAAAACAAGAGAGAUAAAGAUGAUGAGGGGAGACGUAAUGCUGGGAGGAGUUCAAUGAGCAUGGAAGGGAAGAAAGUUGAGGAAAUUGUUGAUGGGAAUGUGGAUGAUGUAGGAAGUGCUGAGAAGAAGUCAAAGAAAAAGAAGGCGAACAAGGGGAAUGUAGAUGAAGUAAUGAAGAUUGUGGAGAACAAUGGCCAUGACCAAAAGCAACACAAGAAGAAAAAGGAGAUAAAGGAAGAGAGAGUCAGCAAUGGCAUCAAGGUUGAUGAACAAAGAGAUGAAAGCAAGGGGGAUCAUUGGAACUUAGGGACUGUAGAUAAAGGUGGCAAGGAUAAGAAACAUAAGAAGAAACGAACUCGUGAAGGGGAAGACGAAGAAAAUGAGGGCAAGCUUGCAAUUGAGGUGGCCAGCAACAAAGUGAGUAAGAAGAGGAAGCAUGAAAGUGUUGCCAAUGGAGCAUUAGAUGAUUUACAGGAGGAACACAAAUCAAAGAAAAAGAGAAGGUGAACUAGAGGAUUAGAUUAGAGCGAUUUUUCACAUAUGUUACGGGAAUUUUGGUUUCAGAAAUGUAAGUUGGGUUAUUUGUGGGUCAUCCAGCGGUAGGAUGAUACAUUUUUAUCUUUAUAGCAUACUUUUGGAACAUGUUCCUCGGAAAUAGCUGAAUUUAGUCGAGUUAUAUCAGAAACUCGUCUGAAUUUUUUAAGCUCUUGCAUUGAUGAUAUUCAAUCCGCUUCAGAUCAA